UUACAGAUAUCCAACGGAGUUGUUCAGUUGUUUUGCUCCUAUCACGUGAUUAUUUAACAUUCGAUACAGUCAGAGCAAUCUCCCUAUAUGGCUCAGGGUCCAUUAAGCAUUUAAAUAGCGUAGAUGGUCUGCGUUCACAUCUAGAGGACCGGUGAAACCACCCAUGGACUCGGGAUUGUUCGUGGGAUUCCUGCUUUUGCUCUCGAUUGCAGCUCGAGGGUCCAGCGUUUCCACCCCUCUGGUUCUCUGGCACGGGAUGGGGGACAACUGCUGCAACCCUUUGAGCAUGGGCUCAAUAAAGAAGAUGGUGGAGGAGGAAGUGCCCGGCAUAUAUGUGCUGUCUCUUAUGAUUGGCAAGAAUGUAGUUCAGGAUACCGAAAAUAGCUUUUUUAUGGAUGUUAAUGAGCAAGUAGCCUUUGCUUGUGACAAACUAGGACAGGACCCAAAACUGAAAGCGGGUUACAAUGCAAUGGGCUUCUCCCAGGGAGCACAGUUUCUACGUGCUGUGGCACAGAGAUGCCCAUAUCCUCCAAUGAACACUCUGAUCUCUGUUGGUGGACAGCAUCAAGGAGUUUAUGGUUUGCCUCGAUGCCCUGGUGAGAGCUCUUAUAUUUGUGAUUGGAUCCGAAAGAAAUUGAACUCGGGGGCAUACACAGAUGCAGUCCAAAAACAUUUGGUGCAGGCACAGUACUGGCACGAUCCCCUCAAUGAUGACUUGUACAUACAGCAUAGCCUCUUCCUUGCUGAUAUAAAUCAGGAGCGGGUGGUGAAUGACACCUACAAGAAGAACCUCAUGUCUCUGAAGAAGUUUGUCAUGGUUAAGUUUCUACAGGACAGUGUAGUGGACCCUGUGGUCUCAGAGUGGUUUGGUUUCUUCAAAACUGGUCAAGCAGAGAAGGCUGAGACUUUACAGGAAAGCACUCUGUAUAAAGAGGAUCGUCUGGGCUUGGCAGAAAUGGAUAAAGCAGGAAAGCUGGUGUUUCUAGCUAGUGAAGGAGAUCACUUGCAGUUCAGUCGAGCGUGGUUUAAUGCCACGUUACUCCCCUAUCUUCGUUAAUCCCUCAACAAAUACUGGUAGCAUGCAGUCAUUUUGCACACAUGCUGUGUUAUUACGUUGAGUUUUUAUGUCCAUGAAGCUAAUGACAUCUUACAGAGUAAGUCAGCUCUUUCUGUUUUUUUGCACUGAUAUCAUUUUAUUAAGAUGACCUGGGUUUGGGCAUAACAGAAUUCAUUUAUCAGCAAAUAAAAAGUAACAUUUUAAGAA